AUCUGCCCCGCAGUGAUAUCUCGCAGAGUGUAAUGACGCUGAUACCAUCGGACAUGACAGUACCGUUAUCACUUUACUCGUUAGGUGGAGAGAUCAGACUGGUCUGAUUCCAUAGGCGCCGCCAGUGUAAACCAGUAUGAUCUUGUUUCUGACACUGUCGCUGAUGCGUUAUCGUGAACAAUAAAUAUUCUAAAGAAUCUCCCUACUGUCCAUAUCUUGACAACGUCACAAUGCCCCACUCACUUCCCUCGUCGCCCAAGGCUACACCCAGGGACGGCCGGAACGGUAUCACUAAAUUCACCAACUGCCGUAUCCUACGAGGCAGAUCGCUGGUUAGGGAAGACCUCUGGGUAGACUCUGUUACGGGCAAGAUUGUUCCAAGCCAAGCUGCCUUCUACGAUGACUUGAUCCUACCUGACGAGGUCAUCAACCUUGGUGGUCGUAUACUGUCGCCAGGACUUAUCGAGUGCCAACUGAAUGGAGCUUUCGGCUUCAACUUCUCAACACUUCUCGAGCCUGCUACCUAUGCCAAGAAAAUAAGAGAGGUGAACAAACAGCUUGUCACAACGGGAGUAACCUCUUACAUGCCAACGAUCACGAGCCAACGGAGCGAGAUAUACAAGUCUGCUUUACCACAUCUUGGCCCUUCAGGCUACUACCAUGUGGCAGAGGAUGGAGCUGAGUCUGUUGGAGCACAUGUCGAGGGCCCCUUUUUGAAUCCGACUAAAAACGGGAUUCAUAAUGUUGACGUAUUACGGCAAGCUGAAAGUUUUGAGGAUCUUGAGGACUGUUACGGGGCAGGUAAUCUCCACAGUGAGGAUGGUUACCGACCUGCAGCAGUCAAGAUGAUCACGGCAGCUCCAGAACUGGGAAAAAUGACAGCUUUGAUCCCUGAAUUAUCGCGGCGAGGAAUCAUCUACUCGAUCGGACACUCAGAAGCAACAUACGAGGAGGCAUCCGCAGCUGUUGGCGCCGGCGCCACUAUGAUAACACAUCUGUUCAAUGCAAUGCGCCCACUGCACCACCGCAACCCGGGUAUUUUCGGGGUUCUCGGUAUUGCCGAAAGUCUACCACGCCCUUGGUUCGGCAUCAUCGCCGAUGGCGAACAUCUACAUCCAACCACCAUCAAGAUCGCGUACAACGCGCACCCAGACGGUUUUAUACUGGUCACUGAUGCCAUGCACUUGGUUGGGCUUCCGGACGGCACCUACCCUUGGACAAACGGCGAGGAUAUGAGUAAAAUUAUCAAGAAAGGACCUAAAUUGAUCCUUGAAGGAUCAGGUCGCAUUGCGGGAAGCUCCAUCACGCUCAUCGAGUGUGUAAACAACUUCCUCAAUUGGACAGGUGCUUCUAUCCCGCAGGCCCUCAAUGCCGUCACAUCUACGCCAGCCGCCAUGUUGGGUCUCCAGGGAACAAAGGGGUGUUUGACAGAGGGCGCGGACGCCGACUUGAUCGUGUUCUCUGAGAAUGUGAACGCGCAAGGUAGGAGCGAACUCGUCAUUGACGAGGUCUGGAAGUUUGGAUCGAAAGUCUUCAGCCGAUAAGGUGGCUCAUUUUAUCAUAUACCCCAACCCUUAAGAUAAAGAAGGGUAUGAGCGUUAAAUCACAGCGUUGAGAAGAAAAAAAGGGUAGAUUGCAUAUUGAUGAAGAUUCAGCAGCAACGAUAGGGAUGAAGAGAUUACUUUUAUAUACCAAACUUUCAAUCACUUCAUUCCCGACAUAGAAUCACAUAGCAUGCUUAUAGUUUAGACUAUUUCAUCAAGUUAGAUUCUGUAUAGUCGGU